UAUGCCUUAUAAACAGGGAAGGAGGGAGUAUAUCCAUGCUGCGGCUGAUUGAUCGCAAGCAUUGAGGCACUCAGCUAGCAAAGCGCGAGCCUCCUCAGAUCAUCCACCCUUGCUGAUAUUGACCUACGACCACAGCACCGGCCAGGUCAGAUCCUUUCUUGGCUCUCUGGAACUGGUCAUCGAAUCGACUUGAAUCCAUGGCGAGCGGCGGCAGGCAGGCAACCAAGCCGCAGCAGCAGGCAGCUGAGCAGGACUUGGACCCCAAGUACGAGUGGCAGGAGAACGCCGCCAGCUUCGUCCUCCGCCUCCACCUCUCAGGCUUCAGGAAAGAAGAUUUCAGGGUACAAGUCGACGGCGUCGGGCGCCUCACCGUCCGCGGCCAGCGCGCCGACGGCGGCAAGCACUCCCGCUUCAGUAAGACCUUCCAGCUGCCCGCCGCCUCCAACCUCGACUCCAUCACCGGCCGCUUCGACGCGGGCGUCCUCACCCUCACCGUGCCAAAGAAGGUCGUCGACGACGCCAAGCCCAAAGAGGACACCAACAAGGAGGCGGCGGCGGCGGCGCCGCAUGGCCAAGGCAAGCCCAAGGAGGACGAGGCCAAGAAGCCACAGGCAGAGCACAAGGAAGCAGCGGAGGUGACGACCGCCAAGAAGCCGAAGGAUGAUGCCAAGCCCAAGGAGGACGCCACCACCAAGAAGAAACCUCCUGCUGCUGAGCAGCAGGUGGACGCCAAGAGAGGCAAGCCAGAGCAAGAGCAGCCCAAGGCGACCGCGCCACCAGCAACCGUGAUGGAGAAGGAAGCCAAGCCUGCGGCCGAGGCCGCCGCGCCACCAGCAGCCGACAAGAAGGAGGCCGCGCCCAAGCUACCGCAGGCCGACGCCGAGAGCAAGGCGGUUGAUCCGGAGAGCCUGGCGGCGGUGACGGCGAAGCGGCGCGCCGAGGAUGAGAGGGCCAAUUCCGCGGCCGCGGCCGAGGAAGCGGAGCGCCAGAGGACCCGCCGCGCCCUCAGGGAGCGCGUCCAGGAGGAGUUGGAGGGGCUCGCCGGUUCGGAGUGGGCCGAGAGCUUGGUGGAGACGGUCAAGAAGAACAAGGAGGUGAUUGCCACGGCCGUCGCCGCCUUCUCCCUCGGCCUUGUCGCCAGCAGACUCUUCUGCAGGAACUAACUCCUCAUGCAGAUCCAUGUAUCUGGCAUCUCAAAUAUGUAUAUUUCCCGUGGAUACAUACAAAUACAAAACUGAACUGUAAACUUCUGCAGUGAUGAAUUGACAAAGCUUCAGAAAACCUGAUUGUAAAGCAUUCAUUCAUGUAUUUACAUCAAGCUCUAAGUUCGGAAAUAUUAUGGUGAAUUUCCUUGAAUA